GGGCGCCUGCGGCGUGGGUUCCUGCCUCUCUCGGAAGGUGAGGGGCGCGCGGAUCCGGAGACAGGGGCUCCAGGAGCGUUGGGGCCACGCAGCCACCUGUAAGCCUCCCGCAACUGCGGGCGGCGACAGAGUGCAGGGCCGGAGACUGGAGGAAACGCUGGGUGGACCCCGCCCGCUGGCCCGCCGGGCGCACACACAGGCGCACACACACUCGCACCCGCGCGCACACGCACAGCCAGCCGGCAGCGGACACCGCUGAGAUGCUCGCCAGCAGGUCGUGCAAGUUUCCCGCCGGCCUCGGCCGCGGGCGCUGAUGCUCCCAGGUGUAGCGCCCCCGCGCGGCGCGGGCUGCAGGGCAUCUCCAGCAUGACCGGCCAGAGCCUGUGGGACCUGUCGGAGGCCAACGUCGAGGAUGGGGAGAUCCGCAUCAAUGUGGGCGGCUUCAAGAGACGGCUGCGCUCGCACACGCUGCUGCGCUUCCCGGAGACGCGCCUGGGCCGCCUACUGCUCUGCCACUCGCGCGAGGCCAUUCUGGAGCUCUGCGAUGACUACGACGAUGUCCAGCGUGAGUUUUAUUUCGACCGCAACCCCGAACUCUUCCCUUACGUUUUGCAUUUCUACCACACCGGCAAACUUCACGUCAUGGCCGAGCUGUGCGUCUUCUCCUUCAGCCAGGAGAUUGAAUACUGGGGCAUCAACGAGUUCUUCAUCGACUCCUGUUGCAGCUACAGCUAUCACGGUCGCAAAGUGGAACCUGAGCAGGAGAAGUGGGAUGAACAGAGUGACCAGGAAAGCACCACAUCCUCCUUUGAUGAGAUCCUGGCCUUCUACAACGACGCCUCCAAGUUUGAUGGGCAGCCCCUGGGCAACUUCCGUAGGCAGCUGUGGCUGGCGCUGGACAACCCUGGCUACUCAGUACUGAGUAGGGUCUUUAGCAUCCUGUCCAUCCUGGUGGUGUUGGGGUCCAUCAUCACCAUGUGCCUCAAUAGCCUACCAGAUUUCCAAAUCCCUGAUGGCCAGGGCAAUCCUGGUGAGGACCCCAGAUUUGAAAUUGUGGAGCACUUUGGCAUUGCCUGGUUCACAUUUGAGCUUGUGGCCAGGUUUGCUGUGGCCCCUGAUUUCCUCAAGUUCUUCAAGAAUGCUCUAAACCUUAUUGAUCUCAUGUCCAUUGUCCCAUUUUACAUUACUCUAGUGGUGAACCUGGUGGUGGAAAGCACACCUACUUUGGCCAACUUGGGCAGAGUGGCCCAGGUCCUGAGGCUGAUGCGGAUCUUCCGCAUCUUAAAGCUUGCUAGACACUCCACUGGCCUCCGAUCUCUGGGGGCCACCUUGAAAUACAGCUACAAAGAAGUAGGGCUGCUCUUGCUGUACCUCUCUGUGGGAAUUUCCAUCUUCUCUGUGGUGGCCUACACUAUUGAAAAGGAGGAGAAUGAGGGCCUGGCCACCAUCCCUGCCUGCUGGUGGUGGGCUACAGUCAGUAUGACCACAGUGGGUUAUGGGGAUGUGGUCCCAGGGACCACAGCAGGGAAACUGACUGCCUCUGCCUGCAUCUUGGCAGGUAUCCUUGUGGUAGUACUGCCCAUCACCUUGAUCUUCAAUAAGUUCUCCCACUUUUAUCGCCGCCAAAAACAACUUGAGAGUGCCAUGCGCAGCUGUGACUUUGGAGAUGGAAUGAAGGAGGUCCCUUCUGUCAAUUUAAGGGACUAUUAUGCCCAUAAAGUUAAAUCCCUCAUGGCGAGCCUGACGAACAUGAGCAGGAGUUCACCAAGUGAACUGAGUUUAAAUGAUUCCCUACAUUAGCUGGGAGGACUUGCUAUCCUCAAACCUACAUUGCUGAGCUGCCUCUUGUGCUUCUGGCACAGUACAGGCACCUUAAGGUUGUGGCGUAAGGAGUCUGCACAACCCCAGAGGGGAGAGAUGCAUGGGAUAUGCGUCCCCGGUUGCUUUUGCAGUGUUUAGAAUCAUUUUUAGAGGGUGGUGUGUCUGACACCAUGCCUUUGCAUCUUUCAACGAAAUGACACUCACUGGUCUUUGCAUCGUGGGCAUAAAAUGUUCAUCUUUCUGCCAGAUGAGUACCCAGAAUGCCAAUUUCUCUGUCCACCAUGUACACUAUUCUAGUGCUUGUGCCCUGGUAUUAUGUGUGAGUUCUUUGUGUUCCUGUUUCUGAGGUUGUUGUGUGAGUUCUAUACAAAAAGUCUCUUCAAAUCUGUCCAGUGGAAACAUAUCUAUCUAUGAGGUCAGCAAGGAUAUCAUGAGAUUUGGCUCACAGUCAUGUGAAAAAAAACCUCAGUUGUUUAUCCCUUGCUUUCAUUUAGUUUUAAUACCAAAUCAAAGAGAAUGCAAAGUUAAGCACACAGGACCAAUGCAAGCCUGUGAGUUGUUUUUCUAAAUAUCUGUAGCUCUGUGGCUUGCAUGGGUAUACCAAACAUUUUUAGAAAGAUAUAUACUGAUGUUUGUCUUGUAAAUGUCACUCUUUGGAGAAUGUUACUGUUAAACAUGUAGUGAAGAUAAGUUUAUUUUUUCCCAAAGAAGACAUACAUUAGGGACAGGGACUUCAGCUGAACAUAGGCCAACUCCCAGGAUGCUUAAAUCUGAGUCCGAGAGUCCAUGCAAUCUAAGCUCUAUCAUUCAUGGCUAGGCCUCCCUCUUUCCUAGGGUGAUCAUAGAAACAUUUAUUUCUGGCUGAGAUAGGUUCCUGGUCUAAGCCAUUGACCAAAGUUUGCUGUCUUAGAUAUUAGCAUGUUUUUGAAAUAUUUAAUUUUUAAGACAUUUAAGAAUUAGGUUGUGUUGUCUUUCUCAGCCUAGAAGAGGCUUACUGUUGUAUUGUCUCCCCGAGGGGAACAUUAUUAGGUUGCUAGCAAGAGCAGUACCUUAAAUACUUUUGUUGACUGCUCUAAAAGCUCAUAAAAUAAGAGCCCUUUUAAUUCCAAGCAGAAUUUGCCCAGAGAGUUUUGCUUCUAGGAUAUUGUACAUUGCAUUUGAUGUUAAGGUUGCCCUGAAUUCCUGCCAUGACAUGGUGAUAUAGAAGUGUAUACUCAAAAUUUAGAUGUGCAUGAAGACAGUGUGGCUUACCCAGGAUGGAAACACUAAAGUUUUAUUUCCAUUCCAAUUGCCAUUUAUUGGGGAAGGGUGGGUAGAGGCCAGGCAAAAGUUAUAAAACAAAAAAUUUCUACUUCAUAAAAUGUCAUAAAUAAUUGUAAACUUCUUGAAUAGCAUAAGGCUGUUUAAAAGACCUUUAAACUGCUAAGCUUAUAUUGUAGGGAGACUACCAUUUUCUUCUCCAAAACGCCCUACCUCCUCUUUAGUUAACCAGCAUAUAACAUUGAGAAGGGGAACCUGGCCCCUUUGUAAGAUAAUCCUUUUCUGUCAUCUUCUAGGUAAUCUAAUGGUUUUCCAGGUGGCUUUCAUUAUAGUUCAGUCUUCUGCAAGGCUGUAGAAUCCAGGGAUCUAAGCAGGAAGUUAGGCAGGCUUUUAUCCAAAGCUUGGGCCUCCCCUUAUGAGGUCCAUUUUGUGUUUUAGUAGGUUGAGGAUAAUCCAUACUUCACAAGAGUGUGGAAAGGAUAUUCUCAGAGGUCUUUGUGUACUUGUAGUUGCCAUAGCUACUGCAGUGUGGGCGAUUUGUUGGUUGAAUACAUAGGCCAGUUAUGCCCUUGAGCCUCCAGUUCAAAUCCUUCCAUCAGACUGAAGUCUCAUGGUGGGGGCUCGGGGGAGAGGUGGCCAUGUGCAGAUGUGCCUAUGUGCAGAUGUAUAUAUGUUUCUUAGAAGCAUCAGGAAAGGGGAAAUGACUUAAAGACAACAGACCAGUGAGUCAGAAGAGCAGGGUUAUUUUUUCAGAUUUUGCACAUGGAAUUUUUGGCUUUGGAUGUUAUUUUCCAGCCCUGGGGGGCAGAAAAUUUACAAAAUCAUCCCAGCUGCACUGCAGGCAGGUGAUGGUACAAACUUAUGAGUACUGUCACAAAUCUGUCAGGGUUGAUGGUAUCGGGUCACUGAGUGUGGUAUCCAUGGUCACUGACCAUAAAGCUGUGCAAAGUGGAAACAAGGAAGGAGGCAGAAUAACUCAGUCACUUUCCUGAGGAUCUUUCCAAACAAGCAGUUUUACCACCAAAAAAAAAAAAAGAGAGAGAGAGAGAGAGAGAGUUUUACCACCCUUAGUGGUUACCUUUGCAGAUAUGAAAAGCUGGAAAACUUGACUUUUCUUUUUGGUAAUGACUUGCAUUUAUCUGGUGCCUUUCUUUGGGGGAAUCCCAAAAUGCUUUAGAGACUGUGUUUUUAACAUCUCUUGUACAUAUAUAUACACACACACAUAUAUACUUGUAAAAAUAUUCCUUUGCCUACUGGGAUCUUCAGUCACUUUUCAGCUUAAGAAUAUCUCAAUAGUAUUAAGUUUUCCAAAUAGUGGUUUCAAAUAACUGAAAGAUAAGAACUCGGCUGGCUUGAACACUGCAGUGGAUUCCCACAAUAGAUGGAGACUAAACUAUGACCAGGGAUCCCUCCCCUUCCCCAAGGUCCCAUUGAAAUGAGCUGUCUCAGAAUCAAGGUGUUUGGUUGACCUUGCUAGAUAACUCGGCCUAUUUGUAGCAAUUCCUUCUAGUCCCAGAAACUAAUCAGGGAGGUUAAUUUUCUGCACCACUCUUAGCAAGCAUGAGAUGACAUGUUUGGCCACAAAGCUAUCAGACUGAUCUGUAAACCUUCUUUAGGACAAAGUAGAAAUGCUAUGACUCAUUUCCAGCUAUUGGCUUGAGAGCGGCAUCACUUCCACCAUUUGAAGAUGGUUCUUUUCAAAGAACAUUGGGACAAAUAUUUGGGCCAGGGUUUUCUCACAAUAUAUGGGACAAGCUUUUUGAAGGCCUAGGUUGGGAAGUGAUACACAUUUAUUACAUGAAUGCACAUUGGUCAUAGGUUUGUGUUUUCCACCAAACCCCCAUGUUUUCUGGGUUUGCUGUUGAGGAGGGGCAUGUUGUAAUGCCGAGCUGAUUUGUAGCUCAUCAGGUAGUAAUUGGUAUUUAAUAUUUGGAUUUGUUAUUUCUACUUAUCUUAGUACUCAAAUAAUGGAACCACCUGCUAAUUCUUGCCUCGUUUCCAAGAAAAUGAUUUGUUAUGCACUUUGGGAUAGCAGCGGUCUAUAUGGGCUGUGCGGUGUCUACUUGAAGGCUUAACUGGUAUUUCUUGUAUGUUUUAACAGCAUGACUUGUUACAGAGUUGUAAUUUUAAAUAUUGAGAACGCUGUA